UGGUGCCUAAACACACCGGAAAGGCGCUGUAAAUGUUCCUCCGGCUUUCUCUUUCAUUCUGUAUUUUUGUUUUGAGUAUAAAUUAAUUUCUAACGGCUUUGCAGAGAACAAUAAGCGCCUACAAAAUGCUCUCUCUAGAUUUCCUCGAUGACGUCCGGCGGAUGAAUAAACGCCAGCUCUAUUACCAGGUACUGAACUUUGGCAUGAUAGUGUCCUCAGCUCUGAUGAUUUGGAAGGGGUUGAUGGUGGUGACUGGCAGUGAGAGUCCGAUUGUGGUGGUUCUCAGUGGCAGUAUGGAGCCAGCCUUCCACCGAGGGGACCUCCUCUUCCUGACCAAUAGAGUGGAAGAUCCCAUCAGAGUUGGAGAAAUUGUGGUCUUCAGGAUAGAGGGAAGGGAGAUUCCGAUAGUCCACCGAGUCCUAAAAAUUCACGAGAAAGAAAAUGGAGACAUAAAGUUCUUAACCAAGGGUGACAAUAAUGCGGUGGAUGACAGAGGUCUGUACAAGCAGGGCCAGCACUGGCUGGAGAAGAAGGAUGUGGUGGGAAGAGCUCGGGGGUUCGUGCCAUACAUAGGCAUUGUUACAAUUCUGAUGAACGACUACCCUAAAUUCAAGUAUGCUGUUCUGUUCCUCCUGGGUCUUUUCGUGUUGGUCCAUCGGGAGUGAGGCCGGUCCCACGUCUGCAAAACUCCUGCAGGGCUCAGUACAGACACACCUCUGUGUUAGGAAGAGUUCUCUUCUAAUGCACUGAUUCAGAUGUUGUCGGAAAUCCUGCCUCUGUAUCUAGCAUUCAGUGUGUGUGUGGUUGGGGGAGGGAGGGAAGGGGUUCUGUAUGUUGCAAGACCCAAGCUUUUUUGAGAAAGGGAAUUGAUUUCUUUCAAAAUAAAGAUGGGUACUGUGAUUCACAGGCAUUUCAUGGCUUCAUUUCAGUUUUUUUGCAUAGGUUGCUUUGACUUUUGCAUGUUCUUAACUUUUUUUAUACAUGUAAAUAAUAUAAGAAUACCCAAGUAGUCUGCCGUGUAAUUUCAAAUCAUGAUUAAUGUCUUUUUAAAGUGUUACAUUUUAUAUGUAUUAAAAAUUAUUAGUUUGAGCUGUCUGAUUAUUCAACAGUGAAAGCUGUGACACUGCAGCCUUAAUACACGCUAGACUCUACAGGUGUAGGGAACCUUUGGCUAUCUGCAGUCUCUGGAAAUGACCAGUGAUUUAGACCAUUUAAUCAGAACAUUAGUCUGUGUAAUGAAAGGUUUAUAAAAAAAAUUAUAGAUAUGCCAUACUGUGAAGCCAUGUAAUUUAUUAUGAAAACGGCAAAAAAAUGCAAGUCUGUCUGCUAAAGAGAUAAAAAAAAAAACGAUCACCUGUCUGUCUCCAGAGUAUCAUUUUGGACUUCAGUCAUCAUUUUUUGCAUUGUUUUUUAUUCACAUUUGCAUGACCUUUGCAUUAUUCACAGCUGGUGUCAAUGGUAAUAAAUUACCACAGUCCUUGGCUUCUAAAGUCAUGGAGAAUUAGUCAACAAACUGGCCCUGUAAGAACUGUUGUCAAAGACAUCUAAUGAACUGCAAAACAUUGUUUAC